CUUACCUUAUAAAAAAUUGAAAUAUAAUUGAAAUAAAAUGGACUGGGUUCCUCUAAAGACUUACUUAAUGCCUAGUAUUGCUAAUGAAAUAAAGUCAAUUUACACUCAGCUCAAAGACACAAUACAGGAAAUAGAGAACGGAGAUGCAGAUAAAGUCCAGGAUUAUGUAUUCUUGAGAUCUUCCAUUAAAACAAGGAUUGAAGAGAUCAAUGAGUUCUAUGAAACUCACAUCAAUGAUCCCAAGAUCCAUUAUCUUGAGAAGUACAGGCUGAAGCUGAAGCAGUGAUUGUUAUUGAAGUGAGACCCACCUCCACAAAGUCAUAGAGAUGAGGAAGCCAAUUUCGAAGGGUCAGAGUAUAAACAGCCAAAAGAAAGAGCUAGAAAUGCAAGGCCUCCCAGUUUUUCAGGGCCUGAUGUUAGCAAUGAAGGGUUUGCUUCAAAACAUUCCCAUACAGCUCAGAAUCAGCUAGCUCAAGAAUAUAAUAACUCAAAAGAAAGAGUAGCACCUCAGAAAGAGGCGAAGCCUAAGGGUGAAUGGAAGGAGCUGAUUUUUAGAAUAAAGCUAACUCCUGAAGAAUAUUCUGCAUACUUGCAUGAGAAGGCAAAGAGACUGUAAAC